UCACGUCGAAUAUAUCGUGUGUCGAUGUGUGGGAAAAUGUGGAAAGUUGUACAAAAAAAUGGUUUACCAACACUUUAUCAUUUUAUCAGGGACACGUUGCACCAGGGGUAUCAUUAUCCAUCGCACGUACAUGUAAUCUUUGGUGAGCAGCCUGUCACGUAAUUUGGGGAGCAUGUACCUGAGGAAGAAUGUUAUCAUUAUGGGAAUACGACGAUAUUACUCGGCUGAGACGAUUCUCCAACCCAAAACUUCCCGAGUUCAGCAACUUCGAGAACGACUGAGGAAUGAUGACAGUGGAAUCCUGACAGAUUCCUUUGGAAGGAAGCACACGUACCUGAGAAUUUCUGUGACGGAGAGGUGCAAUCUUCGAUGUUUAUACUGCAUGCCUGCUGAGGGUGUCAAAUUGACAAAGAAUGAGAAUAUUUUGAAGACUGAUGAAAUUCUGCGACUCGCCAGGCUCUUCGUCAAGAGGGGAGUUCGGAAAAUUCGAUUAACCGGGGGUGAACCGACCGUUAGAAAAGAUAUAAUCGAUAUUAUAGCUCAGUUGAGGCAAAUUGAAGAGAUAGAGAGCAUUGGAAUGACAACGAACGGUUUGGUACUAACUCGACAACUGCCGGCUCUGCAGCGAGCGGGACUGGAUGCCCUGAACAUCUCCCUGGACAGUCUCCAGAGAGAUCGCUUCGAAAAAUUCACGAGGAGGCAGGGGUGGAGUAGAGUAAUGGCAGCCAUUGAUCUAGCUGUACAGCUUCAGUUCAAUCCAGUCAAGGUAAAUUGUGUCAUCAUGCGGGGUUUCAACGACGACGAGCUCACAGACUUCGUGCAACUAACGAAGGAUAAACCUAUCGACGUGCGGUUCAUCGAGUACAUGCCCUUUGACGGUAACAAAUGGGAUGAGAAUAAAAUGGUGUCUUUCGAGGAGAUGAAGAAGAAGAUCAGGGAAAAAUUUCCUGAUUUCCAAGCGAUGAAGAAUUCACCCAAUUCUACGUCAAAGGCGUUUUACGUUCCUGGAUAUGUGGGUCAAGUGGGUUUCAUCACGUCAAUGAGCGAGCACUUCUGCUACUCCUGUAACAGACUACGAAUAACGGCCGAUGGAAACCUGAAAGUCUGUCUCUUCGAGGGUACCAGUGAAGUGUCCUUGAGGGACGCCAUAAGAAGCGGAGCAGGGGACAAACACAUCGAGGAAAUAAUCGGUCUAGCCGUUUCCAAAAAGAAGAAACAACACGCAGGUAAACGAGCAUCAUCAUCAUCACCAUCAACAUCAAAAAUGCACAAUCAUCUCAAGAAAUACUUGAUAAAUGGUCUACUGACCUCGAGUAAUUCAAUAACAAAAUUAGUAGUACAACAGUAUUCGACGUUUUCCCACGUCGAUGUAGAGGGAAAAGCGAGUAUGGUUGAUGUGAGUGAGAAAAUGCCGAGUGAUCGUUGGGCGAGGGCGAGAGGGAUAAUCAGAGUUGGUCCACGAGUUAGUCAAUUAAUCGAUCAAAAUAAUGUGAAGAAGGGUGACGUUCUUCUUGUUGCCAAAUUGGCUGGAAUAAUGGCAGCGAAGAAAACGUCGGAUUUAAUUCCCCUGUGUCAUCCACUUAGUUUAACACACGUCGAGGUAAACCUAGCACUCAGGCAAAUUGACAAUGAACAUGUUGUUGAGAUCCAUUCGGAUGUGAGAUGCUCAGGUAAAACAGGUAUUGAGAUGGAGGCACUCACUGCUGUCAGUGUUGCUGCGCUCACUGUUUAUGAUAUGUGCAAAGCAGCUGUGUCUGCUGAUGAGUUACAGAUUGGGAAAAUUGAAUUGAUUUGUAAAUCCGGGGGGAAAAGUGGGAAUUACUCCAGGCACAAUUGAACACAAAGUUCAGAACGAGACCAGUCGAUUUUACUUGAAAUUUCAGUCCUUUUUGUCUCUUAAUUCAGUCUAAAAAGGUUCUGCUAAGUUUCAAGUCAAGUUGAAUUAAUAAUUAAUUAUAAUCGGAUAUUUAGUAAUCAUGUAACAAAAAAAAUUCUCUCGACUUCUUUUGCCACAAAAUCUAAUCAGCAAGAUGAUUACAAGCUAUUUAAAUUUAUCCUACGAUUUUAUACCACACUAAAUAUGAAAUCGACUUGUUACGUUUCACCACGUCGCCGGUAAUUUUGUUUUCUCGGGCGUAUUAUUUUUUAUUUUUUAGUACUAGUGGAAAUAGACGAUUUACUAUUUCUACUAGACACCUUGUUAUGUUUAAAACUUCAUGCUUCUAGCCGGUACAUUAUCUAUGGAAGAUCUAGAUUUUAACAGAUGCAGUUCAUGCGAAGCUGAACAGAAUAUGCAUAAUAUUUUUAAAAGUGAUUUAUACUUCACGACUGCAACAUAUGCACAAUUUACAAGUAAAAAAUACUUUUUAUAGAGUUGUUACUUCUUUGGUAUCGAUAUUUACGAGGGAAAUCUUGUUGGUUUUUAUACGUUUCUGUUAUAAAUCUAUAAAUAUCUGUUAUUCCUGAAAGAUUUUUGUAUUUUUAAAUAUAUUCGAGAGGAUAAGCGUAGGUGGAGUAAAAUGGGCCCUUUUCGAUGAGAGUAGAAAGUCUCAUUAACUUUAAAAACAUUCCAUUUUCUCAAUACUCGAAUGAGGUAUUGAAGAUUUUUAAAUAAAUCAAAAGUUUCCAUUUUGCUUGACUCUGCAAAAGUUGUAAAGUUGUAAAAAUGGCAGCUCAUAGUCAUCAAUAAUUAAGCAUAAUAACCUCAUGGAAUUCUUCCAUUUAAAAAUAUUAUUUAUGGACACUCUGUACAAAUUGUUCUUGAUAAAGUGAUCAAACUAAUUACAAAA